UGCCCUGACCAAACACUUAUCCGGGCUUUCUUUUUGCGGAAGGUUAUGUAUGAAAUGGAAAACAUAUAGGAUCUCCCAAAACGAGGACGUGUUUGUCCAUGUUGGACGAACAAUUGCAGGAGAUGCGCAGAAAAUUACUCACAACGCCGCAAAUGUAAUGUGAACGUGCCCGUAACUGGAGAUAUUACUUUUUGUUAUUUCCAGAUACAUAUAAAUACGAUGGCUCAACCAAGGUGGUGAGCUUCUUUCUACUUGUUCUUGCCCAGGGACACAUUUGAGGAGCGAGCUGGUUCAUGACCGGACAACUCCGCACAAUGUCUCUUCGAGCCUCGCGUACUUCCAGGACCAAUCGCAAUCGGCCGAAGAAAUCCGAAUUCUCCAAAGACGCCAGAGCUCAUCUAAUCUGUUAUAACCCGGAGCUCCAGGCUGCUGCGUCCAUGUACAUCAGUGGUUUCCUUGGGCGAAUGUCAACUGCGGAAACUCAUUCCCUUCCUACGCAUCAGGGCCGUGCAAGGCAUAGCUAUCAUCACCCGAAUCCCAAAGUCUACCCUUCUCCGGCAGCGCCAGUGCGAACUUUCGCGAAAGCUCCUUCACAUUGGAAAAAGGGGCUUCCGGGCAGCGGUGGCAAUAUGGCUUUGGUGCCCGACGAUUACAGCAGGUCCGCCUAUACUGUAUCAGCCAAGGCGAGAAUGGAGCCGCUCAGAUUAGGACUGCGCCACUUGGUCCAGCAGUAUCAGGAGACCCGGGAAGUUUGCAACCAACUAAAGACGGAGUUCGAUGAACAAGUUAGUAAUAUCAAGGCGUACUGCGGUAUGGGUACCCUCGACAGGCUGUGGAAGGAGAAAAAUCGAUCCAACAGAGAAUCGGGGCAAGGCUUGGAUGCCAAGCUGUGCGCUGUCCAGUUCUGUCUCGACAACUUCGAGAAUCACCUUUUCCGGGUCUCUAUCCCAAGGCAAGCCAACGAACAAGUUAUUCGCAUCCAAGAAAGUGGGCGGAGAGUAGUAGGUUUGAUGAGGCAGACCAGACGCAGUCGGGUUUCUCUGCACCGGCUCGUGGCGGAACUGAGCCAAGGUGAAGUAGAGGCGGACCCAGAUUCGGAGGAGAACAAGGUCCUAUUUAAAGGGCAGGACGGCUCGGGUGACGGUUGCGAGCAUCAUCUCGACGAAGACCAAAGCGCUAACGCUGGGGACGAUAUCCAGUAGGGGUUGCAGGAGGAUCUUGUAGAACCGACUCGGGUGGAUGUCAUGGGAGCCGCGAACAUUAUAUCCGUCAGUAGUAUCCUUAGCUCAACGGUCAGACCAGAAGAGGGAAUAGAAGCUAACCUGCGGGGGAAAAAUGAAGCAUUGUCGUCUCCAGAGUAAUCGGAAUCGAAUUAUGGGUGAACCGAGGGUUAUGGAGGACCCCCGGCUGCGGUACCCACGCUGCGUAUUGCACUCAAGUGUCCUUACACAAUCUUCGCAACGGCUCUCCCAUAGGCACACCGAGUCCGCUGGCCAUCCUCCCCUCGAAGAGGGUACACGAGGGGGCGGCCCGGGGCCUGCUUUUCUGAUGCCAAUUGCAGACGUGAUGUCACGCAAGGCCCUCACAGGCAGACCCGUUCCUCGCCGCAUAGCAGGAGGCUGAAGGGUGGUGACUUGAAGAGAUUACUCCGAAUUUCUCAUAUGCCAGGAAUGAGAGACUGCUUGCG